CUGCGUGGUUGGGAAGUGGCUCACCCUGGCGCAGUGUUGUGUGGUCGGUCGCGCGCGUGGUGGUGCUCCAGUCCUCCGGUCAGCCACGGCUUCCCCUCUCUCUCUCCCUGCUGCCGGAAAGCGGUGGUCGUAGCAUCAUUGGUCGACAAAACGUUUCUUUGAAAGGCAUUUGAGGAAACGUUCUUGUUCUUCAGGCAGCGAUAGAAGUGUAGCCGGUGUGAGUCCGUGUGGCAUACACCCUACAGGAUCACCACGCACACGCGCGUGCACACGCUCCUGGGCUAUCCAGCGUGCCUAUAAGCGUGUACCUGUCCUCAGAAAGUGUAAAAAUCUCUGCUAAUGUGAAAGGAGAAGUUUUAGAGUGGUGUGAUAGACUUUAACAUCUUCGAGGAGGACCCCUGCACACGCUAGCAUCUUCGAGGAGGACCCCUGCACACGCUAGCAUCUUCGAGGAGGACCCCUGCACACGCUAGCAUCUUCGAGGAGGACCCCUGCACACGCUAGCAUCUUCGAGGAGGACCCCUGCACACGCUAGCAUCUUCGAGGAGGACCCCUGCACACGCUAGCAUCUUCGAGGAGGACCCCUACUCACGCCAACAUCUUCAAGGACGACCCCUACACACGCUAGCAUCAUCAAGGAGGACCCCUGCACACGCUAGCAUCAAGGAGGACCCCUGCUCACGCCAGCAUCUUCGAGGAGGACCCCUACACACAUUUUCCUUCUCCAAAACACAGAUAGACACAAUGCCAUCGAAAAAGAAGCUGAAGGCCUAUUUAAAGAAAUUGACCACACCGCCUAAGGGCCAGGCAAGGCGGGAGUCGUCGGGGUCUGUGAGUCCAGGCAGCGUGGGAGCUGACUGUGAGUGGCAGGGUGAGGGCUGGAGGCGGCCCGGACGCUGGUCCGGACAGUGGGAACAGGGCACGCCCUCCACCCCCACCACGCCCCAGUCCGUGCCCUCUACGCCCCCACCCAUGCCCGCCCCUCCGCCCGAACCCCAGAACAACCUCAUCAAGAACCCUUCAGACACCCUCAGGAAGGACAGCCUGAAGAAUGAGAGUCCGACUCCGUGGCGGAGAGACAGCCAGCCUAGGACUGAUAGUCCAGGCUCUCCAGCGGCUCCUCAGGCCCGCCAUACUUCCACUCUCACGUGGACACCAGCUCCCCCCAUGACACCGGAACAAAGACAACAACAACAACAACAGUGCCCUCCCACUCCACCUGUGGCCCACUCCCAACGGGCUAACCAACCAUCGCAACCAACCCUGAGAAAACGAUCCCAGGAAGAUGGCGUCCGGAACAGCGAACCCUUUGAAGCGCGCGUCCGAACCCCUAGACCUGUGGAACCCCUCGAGGAGGACUCGAGGAACAGAGCAGGCAGGAGACUUGGGCGAGAGAGGAUCAUUAAGCUGGAUAUCCCACAAGCGGAGGAGGAGAAUGACUCAAGCAGCAAAAACAAAUGUGAAGGAAGAGAACAAUCGGAGAGAAAGAGACUGCAAGAGCCGCCCCGCAAGAAGGCAAUUGUGGAGGAGUCCCCAUUUGUGCAGAAUAUGAACGAGGAUAUGCUGGAGAGACUCAAGAAAGUAGAAAUGCAAAAUCGACUAGAAAAAGAAAAGAGAGAAGAGCUGAGGAACAAGAGAGAUGAGCUGAGAAGGCAGGAACGGGAAAGAGAACAGGAGGAGAUACGAAGGAAACAAGAAAAAGAAAAGGAAGACGAGUUACGAAAGAGACGGGAAAUGAAAGAGAAGGAAUCGUUACAAAGGAUAAAAGAUGAGAGAGAGAAAGAGGAACUGAGAAAGCAACAAGAAAGAGAAAAAGAGGAAUUAAAAAGGCGGCAACAAGAGAAAGAGAGAGAAGAACUAAGGAAGAAACAACAAGAGAAAGAGAGAGAGGAGUUACGGAAAAGGAAGGAAGAAAAAGAAAAGGAGGAAAUGCGUAGGAGACAGAAUAUAAAAGAGAGAGAAGAAUUGCUAAAGAAACAGCAAGAGAAAGAAUUGCAAAGGAAACAGCAAGAGAAAGAGAAGGAAGAAUUACGGAGGAAACAGCAAGAGAAAGAGAAGGAAGAAUUACGAAGGAAACAGCAAGAGAAAGAGCGAGAGGAAUUACGAAGGAAACAGCAAGAGAAAGAGAAGGAAGAAUUACUAAGGAAACAACAAGAGAAAGAGCGAGAGGAAUUACGAAAAAGACAGAAAGAAAAAGAGCGAGAAGAAUUACGAAGGAAACAACAAGAAAAAGAGCGAGAAGAAUUACUAAAGAAACAACAAGAGAAAGAGCGAGAAGAAUUACGAAGGAAACGACAAGAGAAUGAGAGAGAAGAAUUACGAAAGAAACAACAAGAGAAAGAGCAAGAAGAGUUAAAAAAGAGACAGGAAUUGAAGGCGAAAGAAGAAUUGCAAAGUAGAGAUAAGGAAAAGGAGGAAUUACAGAAGAAGCAGCGAGAGAGAGACAAAGGAGAGAAGCAGCAAGACACACAAGUUAAGGACAAACAAGUACCCAGGAAAACAAGCACAGAAGACAGCGAUACCCCGCAAGAUCGAGCCAGUGUUUUUGGCGUUCAACUGAGGUCGAGGAAGCCAUCGGAUGCGCCAGCCAAGGUGCCGCCAAGUGAUGAUAAAGAUUCUGAUGCUUCGUCUGAGAAGCUAAAGCUGAAUGACCUUAGGAACAAGUGGGAAUCAAAGAUAAAAGAUGAAACUGAUCCAAAACUUAGAAAGCAAAGCCUGACUCUGAAACCUAAGCAGGAGAAUGAGGAGGUAGUGAAACCUGGAGCAGGAAAGACUGAUGCACAACCCAAACAAGAUGUAGAAAAUAAGGAAAAACAAGUGAAACACGUACGAAUUGCCCCGAACGAAAGAGAGCUCAUCGAACCACGAGGGCCCAAGAAAGAGCUUGGACAGAAAAUUGAGAAAACUGACCCAUUAAAGGAACUACUUGCUAAUGCUAGGACAAAGCUACACCCAACAGACAUGAAAGAGAGAGAUGAUGCCGCUAAACGAAAAGAAGAACUGGAUAGAGCAAACAAGGCCAAAACACAGCCGUCAAGCUCCAAUGCCAGAGACAAGUUCAACUUGCAAGAUAAUAAAAAAUUAGAUGACAGACUUAAGGAGCGAUACAGCAACAAGCCAGCGACACCCAACCGAGAUGACCUGAGCAAGGAUCAGAGUAACAUUAGCUCGGAGCCCCAGAACCCUGCCAGCGUCCAAGCUGUGGCUCUUCUACAGGUGGAUGAUGCCUCUAGGUCUUCAUCCCCGAUGGUUGACGAGCAGUGGGGAACGCCGGACGAGCACUGGAUACCAAAUACUACCAAGACUGAGGUAAAAAUAAUUGACAAGAAAGAUGAGGAUGAAGAAUCAGAGGAAUCUGAAGAAGAAUGUGAGGAAGAAGAAUCAGAAGAGGAGGAGGAGUCUGAAGAGGAGGAGGAGGAAGAUGAAGAGUCAGAUGAUGAAGAGUCUGUGCCUCAGGGUGAGUCCUCUGAGAUGUUCACCAUGGAUGCUGUGGACCAGGAGGAGGAGCCACCACCACCUGUGAUCAAAGCAAAACCAACUACCCAAACCAGCACUCCGCAUCAGACAACAGAACUCCAGAGCUCCCCAAGCUCAGACCUGCCUUGUCAUGACACUGUCAGUCCCGACCAGAUUGGACUUGAUCCGGAAAGGCAUGACCCCUUCAGCCCUGACCUGCUCAGGCCCGACCCGACUAAUCUCAACCAGGACAGCCAAAACCCGGUCAAGCAUGACAUGGCCAAAAAGACCCCGGCCACUGCAACUCCUCCAAAGUCCAAACUCCAGGAACUGCUCAGCACUGCAUUUCCUCCCUUUAAGGAAAAGUCUGUUGAUGAGCAGGUAACGUCAUCAGCAGAUGGCUCUCAAUCACAAGAGAUAAAGAUUAAUAUCUCUCCUGAAUCUACUGAAAAAUCUCCAGAGGAGCAGCAAGACACUUCCCACCCAAAGACGCAAUUCAUACAAGAAAUGAUGGAUGCUGGAUUUCCGAAAGAUGAAGCUCAAUCUAUAGAGAUUGAAAAUUCAAUCAUAAACUUUGCUGAGCAUGUGGAUGACAUUGUAAAUAGCUUAAAGUCUCAAAAUAAUGAGCAAAGUUCGAGUUCCCUCGACCACCUGCCAGAGGACUUGCAGUUAAACCCAUGUACUGAACAACAGAAGACAUCACAGCUCCUGAAGGAUAUAGUUCCAGAGCCUCUGAGCAUGAUGGAUGUAGAUGGCACUGACUUUUGUCUUCAGAAGACUUGUACACAAGAUAUUCUCUCUUGCGAUCCAGAGAUUCAGGUAACCAAACACAGCAGUUAUGCAAACUUUGAGUCCAAGAUCCUCGAAGAAGAGAAACUGAAAGACGAAUUUGACCGCUAUAUCCCUGUGGUUUAUGAAUCAGAAAUUGAAGAUAACGCUGAUGAGAAUGAGGAAGACGAUGGAAACGAGGAGGAUGAUGAGGCGGAGAAGGCCGACCAGAUCACAGCAUUACCGGUAUCUGCGGGGCCUCAGGCCUCACCCUACCCACCCGAGCAUCAGUCCCAACCCUUUCAGUGCUCUAUAGCGAGAAAUCACUAUAUUGGUGGGAGCGGCCUGAGGAGGAUUCCGCCACUACCACCACCCAGAAAGAGACCGAGGUUAUGUGGUGGGAACAACCGGCUGAAAGUUCACAGAACAAGGUGCUUCUUCUUUCUGCGUCUUACCCAGAGUGCACUGACAUGCUGUCACUUCCUGUCUCUCAAUGACUCGGGUAUCAAGUGGUGGGAACAGCCAGUCAGCGAGGACCCGCAGACAAAGGGUUCAAGCAGCCCGCUGCCGUGGUGGGAGAACCCCGAGCCUACCGAAGACACCAGGGUGUGCAAGAGUCCUCCCGUCUGCCAGCCUUGGUGGGACAAGCCUCAGGAAACAAGGGCCAGCUUGAGUCCUUUGCCAUGGUGGGAACAGCCGGAGGACUCUAGGGCAUGGAGUCCAGGCUCUCCCAUUUUCAAGAAAGAUGUGAUAGAUCAUAUGGACAAGAGGGAGUCGACAGAAGCAUGGUGGGAGAAAUGGGACACGCGGGCGGAGCCAACACCUGUGAGACUGUCCAGAGUGAAGCAGGCAAAGUACGCCACGCCCUGGUGGGAGACGCCUAUCGACUUGAAGGUGAGCACAGCCAAACCACCACCACUGCCUCCUCCUCCUCCACCUCCAAAACAUGUUGGUACUGGACCACCGCCGCCACCACCCAUACCAGGAGCACCACCUCCACCACCCAUGCCAGGAGCACCACCCCCACCGCCCAUGCCAGGAAUGGCACCACCAAAACCAAUGUCAGAGGCAAGGAAGCGUAUGUUGGAACAGAUCAGGAAGGCCUCCAGAUCCCGGCCUGAUUGGAACACACUCCUCAGAAAUAUUGAGGGUGGCACCAAGCUCAGACACUUGUCACCAUUCGAGAAAACGGACAGAUCCCAGCCCAUGUUGCCCAAGUCCAGGGGCAAGGGUGGCAAGUUUGUUUAUGAGUCAGAGAAGCCUCUCGCACACAAUGAGCUGUUGCACGAGAUCCACAGAGGUGUCAAACUGCGCAAGACCAGGACAAACGACAGGAGCAAGCCUGACUUUAAAUCCUUGGGUCUACGGAAGCUACGUCGUCAGAUCACAACGGAGGAGUUAAAGAAGCACCCAGACCCCAUAGAAAACAUGCCCUCUUCAUCUGAUGAAGAGGAAGACAUUGACAAGAUGCGAGACGAUCUCCAGGCCACCAAGGGGCAGUUGGAAGAUGAAAUAAAGAAACGGAAAAAGAUAGAAAGAGAAAACAAAAUAUUUAAAAUUGACAUUGAGGGUCUUCAGGCAGAGGUAAAGAAACUAAAACGGCAACUCAAGGAAGCUGGGAUGACUGACCCCAAGCCCAUGACCAACGACGAGGCAGACGAAAUUGUUCCAAAGCUUGAAAAAUCUAUGAGUAAAUUGCGAAUGCGUGAAGAUGACGUGAUGGACUUCUCUGAGCUUGAUACAUUAGAAACUGAAAUUAAUAACCUAAAGAGCCAAGUAGAUUUCCAUAAGAAACAGGCCGACGAUUACCUAAACAAGUAUGACGAAGUUACACAGAAGCUCAUUGUAUCAGAAAACUGUGCAGCGGAAUGGGAACUGAGGGGCAAUUAUUACGAGAAAAAGUACAAAGCUCUACAGAAGGAACAGUGCAUUGAGUUACCAGACAUCGAGACAGUGGGGAUACAAACGGAACCUAUUGAUUUUUUGGAGCCUCCCCCACCGUCACCAGCAGCAGAAGAGGAGGAAGAAAUGAAACCGUUCCCAAUGCCCUCAAAGUCAGGGUCACGCAGAAGUUUUGCCUCAUCAUUCAACAAAAUGGAGAGCUGCAAGGAGGAGGAGGAGGAGGAAUCUGAAGAGGAGGAGGAGGAAUCUGAAGAAGAGGAGGAAGAUGAUGAAUUAGAAGACAAAGAAUUAGAGGGUGAGGACGAGGAGGCAGCAGCAGAAAGAAGAGCAGAGAAUUCAGCAAAAAAGCAAGAGAGAGAGCUCAAGCUAUGGAUAAAUAAACUUGAUCAUAUAAAAGAAAAAGAAAAGAAUGUGCGAAAUGAGAGAGAGAAUCUGAGAGAAAGAAUAAAGCAGUAUUUCCGAGAUAUGAGAACUGAGCGACAAAACUAUUUGAAAACGAAAGAGGAAGUAGAUGAAAUGAUUAAAACACUCAAAGAUGAUGCAGAUGAUGAGGAAAAUGAAGGUGAGAGUGAUGAUGAGAAUGAAGAGGAGGAGGAAGAGGAGGAGGAGGAGAAAGAUAUGUCAAAAGAGAAUGAAGGAGAUCCUGGAUGGUGGUUUGGUGAAUCAAAUCAAAAACCUAAGAAACUAAAGAAAAGAAAGAAGAAGAAGCUCAAUGCUGAUGGGGAGGAGGAAGAAGAAGAAGAGGAGGAGGAGGAGGAGGAAAACCUGGAAGAUUUGUCCACUCUUGAAGAACCUGUGUGGAGUGACUCUGAACACGAAGAAAGUGAAUCAGAUGAUGAAGAGGCAGAAUAUGAGACUAGAUUAUCCAAACUUAAAGAACGAACUCAAGCACAUGAAUCCAAAACGAGUACCAUAAAAAAGAAUAAUUAUAUGUUAAAAGCUCAGUCUGAACGAUGUGAUGAAAUGUACGCUGUAGAAAAGAGAAGACACAAGAGACUCAAUGAAGAACUACACAUAAUGUUGGCAGAAAUCUCUUAGCUCUCCUUAUGUGUGAAUGAUGUGUUAAGUGAUGCUCGUAAAUUAUUAUUAUUUUAGAUAUAUAUACGGAGGUAAUGGGAAUAUAUGCUUCAUUAGCCUCUAAAAAGUAUUAUGUACAAGUUGCUGUGAGAGAAUGACUGGCGAGAAGAAAUGAUUCUAAUAUACCAAUGGUGUAAUUUACUUAGUUACUUGACAGAGUGAAUGGCCUAUUCUGGUGAAGUGUGUGGAUGUCAUAUUUGAUAGAUUUCUUUGAUAAUUAGAAGACUGGUCUCCAUUUAUUUGCAAAGCAGCCUUCUUAAUGACCAAUCAGAUAACCGAGUCCCUGCUUAAUUCUGCUCUAAUGGCUGAUGUGGAAGUGAUGCUACAUGUAGACUAGCUUUGGAGGAUGGCACCUGGCCUGCUGGCUCCAGGACAUGCUGCUUCAUAUCCUCAAUACACUACAGUACUUCAUAUUUUAAUUAUCAAAUUAUAUAAGUCUUAUAGAAUACAAAGUAUUCCUCCUUAUCUGCACUGUUAUGCUCAAUCCAUGUAUCUUGUGAAUGCUUUUAAAGUCUGCCGAGAGCCGAGUAAAUGAAGUCUGCAAGAGUGUAACUCUUAACAUUCUCAAAUUUAAAUCAUGUUGGUGCACUGUUGUUGGCCAUUGGGGGAGCCUUGCAAGCACUUCAGAAAUGCUUGUCACAAGCCGUGAUCUAAACAAGGUUUAAUAUGCAUGAAAUGUUGAAGCUGAAUUAGAUUGUAUAUCUAAUAAAAUACCACGACAAUAAACAGU